UCCAAUUGAAUCUUCUUCGCUCCUGUAAAUCCUCCAUCCGCCGGAGCUUCCAUGGCCGCCUCUCCACUAACAUCCUUAUCAUCCUAUCUCGCGCUCUCCUUUCUCCUCCAUCUUUCACUCACUUCCUCCGCCUCCGCCUACGCCUUACCGCAACGCUACUUCAUCAACUGCGGCUCCGAUUCCACAGUUACAGUCGGAAGCCAGAAUUUCACAGGCGAUGUGCAUCCGGCGAACUCCUUGACGGCGCCGUCGUCGAGAAGCUCCAUAACCGCCGGAGAUCCGAACUCAUCUGCGCCGGAGCUCUACCGAACCGCCAGAAUUUUCACCAGAGCUUCGUCGUACGCCUUUCAAAUCGACGACGAAGGAAUCUAUCUGGUACGCUUCCAUUUUUCCCCUCUUUCUUCCUUCCAAAAACCAUUCGAUUAUCGAUUCAAUGUCUCCGUCCCCGGAGCUCCGAUUCUGUCCAAUUUCACGGUCGCGAACAGGAAUUUCACAAGCUCCCCGCCGAUUGAGGAAUUCCUGUUCAAAAUCGCGCCGGGGAAUUUCAGAGUCGAAUUCGUGCCCUACGGCGAGGAUUCAUUUGCCUUCGUAAAUGCAAUCGAAGUGUUCAUCGCUCCGCCUGAGCUAAUUCCAGAUAACGAUGUCGAAAUUCCUUCUGCAAAUCGGAAAUUGGAAGGUCGAAGCUACGCCGAUCUGCGGAACGCCACUUUCCUGCACGUUAUUCACCGGAUCAACGUCGGAGGGGGAAAAAUCACGCCGGAAAAGGACAAUUUAUUGAGGUUCUGGAUUCCCGACGACGACGUCGGUUUCAUGAUCAACACCAACGCAGCUCAGAAAGCUCCUUACUACACCGGAAAUCUCAAUUUCAAUUCCGGUAGUGGGUCUACCGAAUUCAUCGCUCCUCCCGAAGUUUACAGAACCGCCAAAGAGAUGCGAAUCACCGGCGAAGGUUUAGUGACCAAUUUCAACGUCUCGUGGCGAUUCGCCGUCCGGAGCACCGGCGCCGAUCAUCUUCUCCGGCUGCAUUUCUGCGACUUCAUACACCAAACAGACUAUGAGGUCGUGAAGUUCAAUCUCUACAUCUACAACAGCUUCAGAGAUGAAAUCUAUCCUUAUUCGAUCCGGAGCUCGGCGGCGUCGCCGUUCUAUCUCGAUUAUUUGGUUACGUCCGACGCUUCGGGGUUCAUGAACAUCAGCAUUGGCCCUUCGACCAAUUCGGAGAAUCAGAAAUCAGCGUAUCUCAACGGAGUCGAGAUCAUCGAGCUGAUCGACAAAACCGGCUUAUCUCCUCUGGAAGGUUCUAGUAGAAUCCGGAAGGCUCUCUUUGUCGGAUUGGGGAUUGCCGGCGGCAUUUCGGUGCUUGGAUUCGCGAUAAUCGCCGUCUACUGUUGCGUUAUCCGGAAGAAGAAAUGGACUCCGGUCGAGGCUUUCGAGUGGCCGUUGAUUCAUUUCCACGGUGGAGGGAGUUCUUACACCCGGACGACGGUUAGGACAGUUAGCGACUCCCCGACGGUGGAUCUCAACCUCGGAUUAAGGAUUUCCUUCGCCGAUAUCCUCGUCGCGACGAACAAAUUCGACCCGAAAUUGAUCGUCGGGAAAGGCGGGUUCGGGAAGGUCUACCGGGGAAUGCUAUGGAACGGGAUGAAAGUCGCCGUAAAACGGAGCCAGCCGGAGCACGGGCAAGGGGUGUUGGAAUUUCAAACUGAGAUCGUCGUUUUGUCGACAAUCCGCCACCGUCAUCUCGUCUCGCUCAUCGGGUACUGCGACGAGCGGGACGAGAUGAUACUCGUAUACGAGUUCAUGGAAAAGGGUACUUUACGCGACCAUUUAUACGCGUCCGAAGACGGCGGCGAAUCGGAAUCGAGGCUAUCGUGGGUCGAUAGGCUCGACGUUUGCGUCGGGGCCGCAAAGGGUCUCUACUACCUCCACACGGGGUCGAAACGCGCGAUAAUCCACCGCGACAUUAAGUCGACGAACAUUUUGCUCGACGAGCACAACAUCGCCAAGGUGGCAGAUUUCGGGCUGUCCCACACCGGAGCUCCCGAUGAGAGCCACGUCAGCACUCAGGUGAAGGGCAGCUUCGGGUACCUCGACCCAGAGUACUUCAAGUUCUCGCAGCUUACGCAGAAAUCCGACGUGUACUCUUUCGGCGUCGUGCUUCUAGAAACGUUAUGCGCGAGGCCGGCCGUAAACCCAGCGCUGCCACGCGAACAAGUGAAUUUGGCGGACUGGGGGCUAUCGAGGAUCAGACAGGGCCAGCUGGAUAAAAUUGUCGAUGCUCGGCUGGUUGGGACGAUCAACGACGGCUGUCUGAGGAAGUUCGGGGAGACGGUGGAGAAGUGUCUGAAGGAGUGCGGUGCCGAUAGGCCGAACAUGGUCGACGUGUUGUGGGACUUGGAGUACUGUCUGCGGCUUCAGAAUAUGGGGACUCCUCCGGCAGCAGCGGGAUCGUAUGAAUAUAGCACAGCAACGGAUGUUGCGAUGGGGUUGGCGGUUCCGGUGUUGGGCCGCCUGGCUUCAGACACCAUCGGUGACGAUGAGGUGCCGGAGGAGUCGGGGGUUUUGUCGGAGCUGAGCCAGGUGGAUGCUAAAGAGGUAUUUUCUCAGCUGCGGCUUGGCGAAGCCAGAUGAAACUAUAUAUAUGGCGGCAACUAUAGUGCUACUUUAAUUCAGCACUACUUGUGUUUUGUAUGUUGUAUUAUUACAGAGAGCACAUUAUAUAUUAAUAUAAUAUAAAUACAGUAAAGGUGUAUUUAUUUGGGGAUUUUGAUUUUGAGUUGGGAUUUGAAUAGUAAAAAUUUUGAAUUUGAAUA